CUGAUUCCGCGGCUCCUCAUUCACUAGAAGAUGGCGGACUGCGCUCCACUGUUAGAUGAGGAACUCUCGUCCUUUGUCUUCAGUUACCUGACAGAAAACUCCGGCAGCCAGUAUGGGGAGGAGGAGGUGUGUUCGGACCGUUUGGACACUGACUUCCCGGACAUCGACCUCUCCCAGCUGGACACCAGCGACUUCGACAGCGUCAACUGCCUCGGCGAGCUGCAGUGGUGCAACGAUCAUCCGGCCGAUGCUUCACCGGCCUCCAUUCACUACAGUACAGCAGAUGAGCUCUUUGAGAUAGAAGAGGAGAACGCGGCUCUGCUCGCCGCUCUCACCGACAGUUUGGAUGGCAUCGUGGAUGCUGAGGUUGGCGGGCUCUCUGUGUUCCCUGCCCUGGGGGAGGAGCCCAGCCAGGAAGAGGAAGAGGAAGACGGUCUUUCUCUCAGUGCCGAGGACUUUCGCCAGCCCCCGGGGGCCGAGACGGAGGACCCAUCCCUGCUGAAGAAGCUGCUGCUGACGCCUCCCAACAUGCCGGCGGGCGUCGAUGUGCACAAAGAUGGGGUUAACGGCCAUCGCUACGGCAACAGAAGCUUGCGCCUUCGGCCGGUCCGACCUCUGGUGAAGAGCGACAUCCCUCAGGAGAGGAAGCCCCGAGUGAUGCGUCCAGCUGGGCGUCUGUGCACCGAACUUCACCGCCACCUCACCACCACCCAGGACACGGAGGACACCGCGGCUCCUGACACAGAGGAAGACGAAGAGGAAGAAGAGGAAGAGGAUAGUGAGUCAGAGGAGGAAGAGGAGGAAGAAGGGGAGGAGGAAGAGGAGGAGUCGUCCAGCAGUGAGGUGGAGGGUGCGGCAGUUGUUGCUGCUGUGCCUGCUGAGGCAGCCAAGCCCCAGUUCAGCUCAGAGAAAGAACUGCAGUCAGUGGUGGAGCUGAUCACGUACAUGCACACCUACUGCCUGCCCACACGCAAGCAGCAGGGCUGGGAGCGUAAGGACCGUGACCUGCCGAGGCCUCGGGCCCGACCCGAGACCUCCCGCCCGGCCGCCACAAACUCUCACAGCAGAGUUAUACUUGUGCCCACUCUCGGGACGAGCGGGGGCUUGACCGGGUUGAGCAGUGGUGCCCCCAGGAGGCUCCCCUUUGCUAGGCGACGGGAGAUGAAGGCCGACUCCCUUCUCCGCGAGCUCCUGCAGCAGAGCAGCUCUUUUGAUGUGAGCAAGCCUUACAGACUGCACCGCCCACCCUACUCCCACAGCCCCAACAGAGCAGGAGAACCUGCUCCUUCUGCCACAGCUAAAUCAGGCUCAGCCCAAUCCCCCAGUUCCACCAACCCCAAACCAGAGCUUUGUAAGGACUCUUCCUCCCCUGAGAGGAGAAGCCACUCUGAGCCGCCACAAAGCCCGGAGGCGACUGCAGAAAACAGCGGCUCUUUCUCGGUUCGGCGCUCCAGACGCCUGGCUUCAUUUCCAAGCCGCUUCGCCAAGAGGCUGCGGCCUGAGCGGGUGAGAGAAGGAGAGGCGAAGGAGGAGAAAAAGGAGGGACGAGCAGGGGUCAAACUGCCACCCGCUCGAGCGGGAGAAGAAACCACGGCGGAGAUGCUGCCAGGAAAACUGACGCCUAGUAACGGCAGCGCUGCCACAGCUGAGCCAACCACACCCUGCUGCCACGAAAAGCCAGCCUGCCUCUGUCUGCCUCUCAACCCAAAGUCUGCAGGAGACGUCCAGUACAGCUCCAAGCCGUUUGAGCCGGCGCUCAGUGUGGAUCUGUGUGGAACGGCAGGCCUCACCCCUCCCACUACCCCGCCUCACAAGUCUGUGGAAGAUGAGCUCUUCAAGCCAGCAGAUGGAGGAAAAGGUGGGGGGGGAGUAGGUGGCAGCAGCGGUGGCGAUGGUGGAGGCGAGUCUGUCCACCUGGCUUCAAACGGCAGCGUCGCCACAAAGGGCUCGUCCUGGGCGAGCCGAGCUCACCACCAGCGGAAGCUGCCGGAGCAGACGGAGCUGUACGCCCAGCUGAGACGCAUGGGCCAAGCCGGGGACGGCGACGCCCGCUGCAGCUUCGGUGACCACGACUACUGUCUGCUGAGCCUCGGCGAGAGCCGCAAGCGCAGCGCUGCCAUUCUUGGAGCCAUGUUGCAGGGACAAGGAGGGAGUGAUGGAGUUAGCGCCGUAGCUCCCAAAGGAGCCGAUGAUCAGGAAGGGAAGGAGAACGAGGAGAGGCCGCCGACUUCAGAGGCUGCAGAAACACAGGAGCAGCACACGCCGGUGGGGGGUUCUUCAUCAUCAGACUGCCAGUCAGCAGCUGCCACGCCACCAGCUUCUGAAGAAGAGGCCGAGUGCUCGUCGGCAUCUCGCUCCCCCUCACCCAUCCCCCACCUGUGUCCCGACUCCCCCUCCAGCAAGACAGACUCCAGUGAGAACUCGGAGAUUUGUCCUGACGACAAGCAGAGGAACAAAGCCAAUCUGUCUGACGAGGACAACUGCCAGGUGUUUUACAUCCACAACCUGCCGAGCAGCGUGACCCAGAACAUGCUGAGGAAACGCUUCCAGGUUUUCGGCAAAGCGGAGGACUGCAAAGUCAUCAUCUGCAACGAGGAGCGCUGCGGGGUGAUCAAGAUCCGCUCGUCAGGAGUUCAGAAGCACUGGAGAGAACGGGAACCUGGGUUCCAGAACGGACCUGCAGGCCCCAGGAGGCUGACCAGGAAACGCUACAUAGACCUCGACGAGGCGGGUCCAGGCCCUGUCAAGAGCAAGUAUGAUGCAAUGGACUUUGACACUUUGCUGAAGGAGGCCCAGAAGUCCCUGCACCGCUGACAGAGGAGCGCCACUGACUGGCCAGCCUUAGUAAACAGCCCUCUGCUCUCAGACAGACCUCUCAGUACCUCCAUGCAAGACAACCUCGUGAAAUGUUUACAUUUUUACCAUUGGAAUAACAAUAAGGACCUUGUUUUUGAAGUUUCUUUCACCGGAGGAUACUGCUCAGAAACGAGGUGGGCCUGUGGAGGGGCGCAGAGCCUUUAAACAGCGACGGCACCGCAGACAUUCGGUUCUCUGUUGAGCAGCGGCACCAGCCGAGCUGCUUUCCCCUCUGUGCCGGGGAAUCAUCGCCCGCCGUGGAAGAGCGGGCGUGACGGACCCGGAGCAGAUCCUUGCUAUCCCCGCGUCGCGUUGGUCGUCUUGGUGUGUGUUCCUGCGUGUGCGUGUUCUUCGUUCUGUUUGUUUUGUAAAAAAAGGAAAAAAGGAAAGCGGGCCUCCAAGCUGCGUUUGCUUGUGCGGUCGUAUAACCAGAAAAAAGAACCCUGCUUUGUUUUAGCGAAAAAUUGUGGCUGUUAUCAAUUUUAAAGUUAUUGUGUGUGUGUUAUGGACAAAGAAUAUAACAAAACAUUAAACGUAAUCAUUUUAUGACUGAAAAAGUUUACAAAUCUAAUAUGAAGAAAAAAAGUUUGUUUUUCCUUUUUUGUAAUUGUAGUGCUUCCUUGAUUUGAUCUAUGCACUGUACGGAGGUAAAUGUCUCUGCUGUCCUUCACUCUGCCCCUGCCAUGCCGACUCCUCCGGCUGCUGCUGCUGUGCUGCUGCUGGCUGCUGCAGGCUGCCUCAUUGCUGCUUCACACUUCCAGGCUUCACAGAUUUGGGAAAAGUGUUCCCAAGCUGUUUGAACUCCGACAGGAAAAGUUAGAGGAACCGUGCUCGGCUCAAAUGUGAAUGCGUAAAUGAGCAACAGUGAGAUAUUAAUUGCUACCUAUGACCUGGGUUUGAGUGCAGCUAAAAUCCAGGUGUAGUGUGUGGGAAAUGUGGGAUUUGAGCUGGGAUUGGUUGCAGACAGGUUAUCCAUGGACAGAUACCAAAACUAACGGUUCGGCCUGUAUCUAAUGAGCCACAAUCGGAACCAGGACACACUUUUCCCACAUCUAGAGUCUUCCUGUGUCUUUGAUGGGGUCCUACUGAAGCCCAUCUACCCCCCAACAUCACAGCCAAUGCAGCAGUUACUGUUUACACCUGGACUGCAGCAAGCUCGAUGAAAACGGGGAAACAGAGAUCCGCGGGCGCUUUUCCAUCGUACUCGGUAUGAAUCCGUCACGUCGGCACUUUGUCCAGAGCGUCCGUCCGAUAUUCAUUGCACUGAGCUCAUCGGCCAUCGUAGGUUUAGUGUUACAGUGGAAGACAGCCGUAAUCCACCCGCAGCAGCACGUAGAAGGUCUACAUGGAAUGUAUCAAGAACCUGAAUGUAAUCAUCGAGUUUGCCCAAAGAUUGUGGAGCUUUCUGGUGCUUUCAAAGGUACGCUUGCUAGACUGUAGGAGACAGGUUCUGGCUUGAAGAGCAGUCUGAUUACAUUCCUGGAGCAGCCAGUAGCAGCAUGCCGUGAAAAGGGAGAGAGCCUCCAAAGCUGCCAGUCUGGCGGCACCAAACCGCCACUAAUGAUACAGCCAGGGAAAAAGCAAGGGACCGAGGAAAAGGAAGGAAAAGAGCAAUCGGUCGAGAAUCUGAUGUCUCGUCUGGGAGGUACUGUAUCAGAUGAGCAUCUCUACCUCACAUCCACCCAUCCCCACCCCGUCUUUGUAUCGUCCUCGAUGUACUGGAUGCUCUCCCCCUCUUUUCCUCUCAGUGUUCUCUGUGUGAGGCUUUUCUGUACAGUCAUGGCUGGGUCUGGCGUUUCAUUGUUUUAUACUGCGACUCCUACCACUAAGCCCUUGUGGGGGGAUCUCUGUCUCUGUAUCCUUCGCUUGCGUCUUGGCGGUCUUCGGCGCGUCUGUUUCUCGGAGUUUCGACCGUGUGUCCUUGUGUAACUGAGUGUUUAGUCUUUGUCUCGUGUUUGAGUUGGACACUACUGACGCUUGUGGCUCAGCGGGGGGGUUGAACAGCGCUGAGGUGGUUGGCUGGUCCUCGGGUGCGAUCGGUGGGAAAGAUUCCCGAUCUUUCCCCCGCGCGUGUCUUCAGGGAUGCAGCGUUCCUCCUGAUGUCCUGCUCUUCCUCUGCUCGUGUAGGAAUUUGAAUAAAAUCCAGCCCGACUCUCUCUUCUGUCUCUUUGUGGAUUUAAGGCCUUACUUCCAGGUCUUUCCCAAACUCUUCCCAUUUUUUAACAGAAAAUCCCUCUUUCCCCGUCAUCUUUCCCCAGCUAAUCUACUCCUUGGUAACACACAAAAAAUUGAAUGUUUACAUCACUUUAUUCUCGUUUGACUUUAUUAGGAACGCACACUAAGUACAAACGCGCCUUAUUCAGUGUUUCAGAGUAAAGUGGGAGGCUCACUGAUGCUGAUGGAGGGAACAGCUGAAUGAGGAUUUGUGCUUAGUAUGUAAACUACUAAAAAGUGAGAGAAUGUGCUGGUUUACAUAUUAAAAAGAAACUAUAUGAAUAUAUAAUGUGUAUAUAGCACUAUGCCUCAUCGUAAACAUAAAAUGUAUUGUGUGUUUUUUAAAGGUGGUGGGUCACAGGUGAUCGUGGGUUCCUUCAGUGGGCUGGUGUUUGGGUUCAGGGGGACACGAAGGGGAACGUCCCAAACUAGUGUAGGAACGAGGAACCUUUAGACUGCCGCACGAGCACCUUCCAUUUCUUUGCUGUUUAUAAAAUGAUUACUUUUUUCUGAUUUCGUAAAAAGCAAUUUAAGAUGCAAUACAUAAUAAUCUUCUAAUUACAGCCUUUGUGAAACGCAGAGGGGAUGGCGUGUGUGGGUGCUGGUUGGACUGUGAUGUAGACUGCAGGAAGAACGUGGUGGUCCUCUCAGAGCUGUAGUAAUAUAUUCUUGCACAAUUAACAUCCCAAAUCAUGAAAUAGCUUCACAAUGUUUCCUUUCCAAUGAAAGAGUUUCUUUCCACAUGUCACAGCAACAGUUGGUCCACGUGGGAAGGCUGUGAGAGCAAAGCUGUGGCCGGUUUGACCCCGUUAAACACCUUCAGACUCGUUGGCUCUGUAGAAAUCCUGCUGUCUCGGAGGCGGAGGAGGAAGUGGCAGCAGGUGUGAGGGUUCCUGCCGCGGUACCUGUGAGGGCGCGUCAGCUACGACCCCGUUUCCAUACGGCAAGCCUUAAAAAUCAGUGUGGGGGGGACAAAGCUACCACUAGCUUUUCUUAUUACUGUCGAACCUCCUUUCCAAUCCAAUGUGGUUUAUUAUGAAAUAAUUACUGACGUAAUUAAAACUUUUUCAAUAGCCAUAUUAUUAAAAAGUAUAUACAUAUAUAUGAAUAUAUAUUUGUGUGUUUGUGUAGAUAUCUAGAUGAUUAUAUACUUUCUUAUAGAAAACUUUGAUGUUGAUCAUUCUCCUCAGUGUUUGAGAACACAUUCAGCAUAUAAUACUGUCUGUCUGGUCUAGGUCCUAGGUCAGUGGACAACCAAUCCAAAUAAUAAUAAAAAAUAAAAACCUUCCAAAGGGAACGACCCUCAUCACGAUGCAAUACCUUUCUUUCCACUCUUCAUUUCAGACGAAUGGAAAACGAUAUGAUUGGCGGGUUGACCAAAAAAAAAAGAAACGCUUCAGUGAUAAAGCGCUCGUGGAGAUUUUGUACAUGUGGCCCAUCAAACCUGGUUUCUUUAAACUAGCCCCUCCCAGGUCAGAGACCUUUGACCUGUCCGUGUCACCUUUUACCGUCGAUACGAAAAACCCAGCGGUCCAGUGGGGACGGUCACGCGGGGACCGUACUCGGUCCUAAUCUGCUAAAUGUGAGUCGUGUUUCUCUGGAGGAAGAAAAUCUUUGAAAAAAGGGCAUACGGUGUUUGUUUUCAUUACUAUUGAUUUCAUGUCUAUUUACAUUAAUGACUAUCAGAUUCACAAAUGAUUAUUUUUUCUUUUUUAACUUAGUUUUUGGUAAAACAAAAAGGUAAAUACUGCUAGUGAGAUUUUAUAUUUUUACAUAUGUUGGUUUUAUUUUGCGUUUCUUUUUUAUUUAUAUGCCACUUAGUUUGGACGUCUUUAAAUGGAGUUUUUCUCUCUUUUUUGUGUGAAUUCAUAUGCGUUGAGAAUGUGGAGACAAAGGCAUUUCAGUAUUUUUGAAUUGUUAAAAUCUAGUUUCAUAGAAGCGGAGUAUCUGAUGUUAUAAAUUAUAUUUUAAUUCAUGUAAAUAGUUUAAAGUGGAAGGUUGUGGCUUCCUUUUAAACUGAAUACAUUUCUCUUCAGAGAUUGUUUACAUUAUGAGACUGUAGAGAUGUGCUCCUCAUAUGCUGUAUAAAGUACAUAUAUUCAUUGAUUUGCCUCCAAAAAUAAAAAACUACUGAA